GGAAAAAAAAUUUUAGGUGAAAAUUGUUUAACAACUCUUUUUCAAUAACGAUUCUUAGUUGUAGUUAAUCAAUAAUUAUAUAUACCGAAGAGUUAACAACAUGGCUGUUGGUAAGAAUAAGAGAUUGUCCAAGGGUAAAAAGGGAUUGAAGAAGAAGGUCAUUGACCCAUUCACCAGAAAGGAAUGGUUUGACAUUAAGGCUCCAUCUACUUUUGAAAACAGAGCUGUUGGUAAGACUUUAAUCAACAAAUCUACUGGUUUAAAGAAUGCUGCCGAUGGUUUAAAGGGCCGUGUUGUCGAAGUCAGCUUAGCUGAUUUACAAGGAUCUGAAGACCACUCUUACAGAAAAAUCAAAUUAAGAGUUGAUGAAGUUCAAGGUAAAAACUUAUUAACCAACUUCCACGGUUUAGAUUUCACCUCUGAUAAAUUAAGAUCUUUAGUUAGAAAAUGGCAAUCAUUAGUCGAAGCUAACGUUACCGUUAAGACUGCUGAUGACUACAUUUUAAGAGUCUUUGCUAUUGCCUUCACCAAGAGACAAGCCAACCAAAUUAAAAAGACCACUUAUGCUCAAUCUUCUAAAUUAAGAGAAGUUAGAAAGAAGAUGAUUGAAAUUAUGCAAAGAGAAGUCUCUAACGUCACUUUAGCUCAAUUAACCUCCAAAUUAAUUCCAGAAGUUAUCGGCCGUGAAAUUGAAAAAUCCACUCAAACUAUCUUCCCAUUACAACACGUUCACAUUAGAAAAGUUAAAUUAUUAAAACAACCAAAAUUCGAUUUAGGUGCUUUAUUAGCUUUACACGGUGAAGGUUCUGGUGAAGAAAAGGGUAAGAAGGUUUCUUCUGGUUUCAAGGAUGUUGUCUUAGAAACUGUUUAAAUUCCUCAUUAAAAAUUUUCUAAAAUUUAAUCUUGGAUAAUGGGUCUUUUAAACUUUUAAUAUAGCAUUUUUAAACCUUCCUUGUAUCAUGACUGCUUUAGUAGUUUGGUAUAAAACAAACAACAAUCAAAUAUUUUUAAAUAUAUAAAGUUCUAAUAAUAUUAUUAUAUUAUCUUGUACUUCUUUCAUGUGUAAUAAUACAUAUCUAUCGAAUAGAAAUUUGCGAUUAAACAGUAAAGGUUACC